AUGUUUUCAGCAGAAAUCCAGAACGAAACCCAGAAGUUUUUUUUGGCAAGUUUCAUUCAUGCAUUGACUUUUUGCGUGUAUUCCUGGUUGCAGAGUAUUCCGCAUGCUUGUGGCACAAAGCUGCUCUUCCUUUCGCCCAGGAAUGUGGACUACUACGCCUACUAUUUUGUGGACCUUGUCGUGGGCACCCCUCCGCAGAGAGUUUCGGUGAUUCUGGACACUGGUUCCGGCGUUUGUGCUUACCCGUGUGCUAAUUGUGGACACUGUGGCCAUCAUAUUGACCCGGCGUUCGACGUUGGAAAGAGUAGCACAGCGAGAUGGCUCCAGUGCUCAUCGGGCCGUUGUCCUGUUGGGCGUUGCCAGUCAGGAAAAUGCAGCUACUACCAAGGCUACACGGAGGGCUCUUCGAUCUCGGGCUUCUGGUUCGAGGACAUGAUCAGCCUUGGAGACAUGAUCCAGCACAACCCACAGGUCAACGCCAGGAUGGGAUGUCAUUCCAAUGAGAACAACUUGUUCUUCACCCAAAAGGCAAACGGAAUUAUGGGCAUCGGUCCCUCUGCGCUCAGCGGCGAAGCCAUUCUGGACAAAAUCUUUAAGGACCGGGAGCAUGUUACCCACAAAGUCUUCUCCGUCUGCCUGGCAGAGUGGGGGGGGCAAUUCAACGUGGGGGGCUUUGACGAGUCGUUGCACUCAGGUCAAGUCAAAAGGAUUCGCUUGAAACCAGGUGGCUUCUACAGUGUCCAGUUGACUGCCAUGAAGGUGAAUGGAGUCUCUAUUUCCACAACCUGGGGCAGCACCAUGAUUGACAGUGGCACGACGUACACCUACAUGCGCAGCAGUAACUACAGGGCGCUGAUGAGCGCCAUUGAGACGUAUUGCCGAGGUCACCAGUGUGGCGGCACAAAACAUGGCACGAAGUGCUGGACAUUGCCCCAUGGACCAGAGAAGUUUCCCCACAUCUCUGUUGUUUUUGAUGGCGUGGAGACGAAGUGGGUUCCAAAAGCAUACUUUUACAGGAAAGGGAGAACCGACACUUACUGCUACGGCUUCGAAGAUGACGGCCCUCGUGCGAACACCGUGCUGGGGGCGGUUUGGAUGAUGCACCAGGACGUCAUUUUCGACAUGGAAAAGAGCGAAGUUGGAAUUGCUCCGGCAAAUUGUCCGGAGUACAAAGAUCGUGACCGGCCAUCGCAUUCAGCAAAGGCUUCGUCUCUUCCGCCAGCGACGACCAUGACAACUACCCCUGCAAUCUCGUCGGCUCUAACCACCGUGGCCACGACAGCACCGACAACAAGUGCAUCUGCUCUUGCAUCAGUUUCCACAGCCCAUCCGACUACAACUGCGGCCACGACUUCAUCGUCCAGCCGCACUAACACUAGUGGCAACCCGGCUCCACUCGAUGUCGGGAAGACACAGGGACAGCCUCGCAGCGAGUUACCUGGCACCAGUGUCGAAAGCACGGUGCCAAGCAGCACCACCGCUCCAUCCAACCAGGAUGCCAUCCCUGCUCGGUUCUUGGGACAAGAUCCCUUGCACUUCAUCGGGGCCAUCGUGGCUGGAGUUCUGAGCGCUUGCCUCUGCCUCUUCCUGGUCCGCAAGCUUUGCUUCAAGACGGACAAGCACAGGCACGUCAAACUGAAAGAAGACGAGGAGUCUGGCAUGCCUCCUCAAAUAGUCGGCCAAACUGGCGAGGAGGAUGCAGGCUUGGCCUAG